AUGGUCGCCGUCACCGAUCCAGACGAAGAAAUAUUUUGUCUCUACACGCACAUGAACAGCUGGUCCCACAAUGCGCACGUCGACCAGCGCAGCUCGGUCUUUGAUCUCGGCUCGAUCUCGGUCCGUCAGGACCUGUCGCUGCUCUCGACCAAGGGCGUGACUGGGUCGGUGGUGUGGGAUGCCUCGGUGGUGCUGGUUGAGCUGCUUCAGAGCAAGCAAGUCCCCGCCAUCUCGCUGUCGGGCGCGAGGAUCCUCGAACUCGGCUCCGGGGCCGGGCUGCUCGGAUCCUUCCUACUGCACCAGCCCAUCGGGCAUCUGACCCUGACCGACCAGUCCCAUCUGCUCCGCCUCCUCCAAAAGAACGUCGCCAUGAACCAUCCCUCCAUCGUGUCCGCGGAGAGCAGCCGUCUCGAGAUUGUGGAGUGGGCUUGGGGCGAGCCCGAUGGAUUCAGAUCGAUUUCGGCCCUGAACCCGCCCCGACACACCGAAUCCGAGAGUAUCUUUGGUCUCGACUACAUCAUUGCGACCGACUGCGUCUACAACGAAUUCGUUGUCCCCAAGUUGGUGUUCACGCUGCAUCAGGCCUGCAUGCUAUCGGACCGGAUCCGGGACACUCUUGGUCGUCGCAGCCCGGACUCGAAGGCGAACCUCAACCCGGCGUCGACAUCUGCCCCGGCUCCAGACUCGAGCUUUCCGCCCACCGACCGCUCGAGAACAAUCGCCAUAGUCGCGCAGGAGCUGCGAUCGGACCUGGUCCACCAGCUCUUUGUCAAGUCCAUUCUGGAGAUUGGGUUUCGGAUGGUCCGGCUGGUCCAUCCGCUGCUGGUCCACGACUUUAUCGACAACGACGACGACGACGACGGCGCUGAUCCAGGCGAGAUCGCCAGUAACAGAAACCAAGCCGGCGGCGCCUCGUCCUCUCCUGGACCUCCGGAUCACCCAGCCUCGCUCACAUCUGCGAUCUGCAUGUACUUGCUCUGGUUGCCGUAA